GGGAGCAAGCGUCUGUCUCUUUAAAUGCCAGGGGCUGCGCUCCCGCCCGGGGAGCCCGGAGCCGGAUCUACAAUCCCGUCCCUCCCGCUCCGGCGCUUGUUGCUCGCCGUGUCCGAGCUGGAGCUGCCGCCGUUGGGCAGCUAGGCUGCUUCCUUCUCCGCCUUCUAGCACCCCACCUCCCCCGAGAGCAGGUUGAGGGGGAGCAGCAGCCCCAGCAGGAGGGAGGGGUGCGGUGUAAACAGGCAUUGCUCACCCCUUCAAGUCUUGGGGCGCUACGUAGCCGUGGGGGCAAGACAUGCGUCGCUCCCCCCUGCCCAGCCUCGCUGCCACCCGCUCCUGGAGAGGAGGAAUUGCGGAUCCCACACCUGCAAACUCACCCUAGAAGUCUCAAGGUGCGGCUGGGGGGAGGGAGGGCCAAUUCCCCAAGGCCUCCACCUCUCUGCGGGUGAGUUUUCGCAGGUGGUCUCCACCCCUGUCCGGGGACCCGUGCCAAUGACCCUAGUGGUGGUUUCGCUUUCUCCCCUCUCGGCUGUGUGAACGUGUAUCCGCAGCGUGAUGGGUAACCAGGUGGAAAAACUGACCCACCUAAGUUACAAGGAAGUUCCCACGGCCGACCCGACCGGCGUGGACCGGGACGACGGGCCCCGCAUCGGGGUCUCCUACAUCUUCUCCAACGACGACGAGGACGUGGAGCCGCAGCCGCCGCCCCAGGGGCCGGAUGGUGGCGGCGGCGAAGGCUUGCCCGACGGCGGGGACGGGCCUCCGCUGCCGCCGCCACAGCCCUAUGACCCGCGGCUGCACGAGGUGGAGUGUUCCGUGUUCUACCGCGACGAGUGCAUCUACCAGAAGAGCUUCGCGCCGGGCUCCGCGGCGCUGAGCACCUACACGCCCGAGAACCUGCUCAACAAGUGCAGGCCUGGCGAUCUGGUGGAGUUCGUGUCGCAGGCGCAGUACCCGCACUGGGCUGUAUACGUGGGCAACUUCCAGGUGGUGCACUUGCACCGGCUGGAGGUGAGCAACAGCUUCCUGACCGACGCGAGCCAGGGCCGGCGCGGCCGCGUGGUGAACGACCUGUACCGCUACAAGCCGCUGAGCCCUGGCGCCGUGGUGCGGAACGCGCUGGCACACGUGGGCGCCAAGGAGCGCGAGCUGAGCUGGCGCAACUCGGAGAGCUUCGCCGCCUGGUGCCGCUACGGCAAGCGCGAGUUCAAGAUUGGCGGCGAGCUGCGCAUCGGCAAGCAGCCCUACCGGCUGCAGAUCCAGCUCUCGGCGCAGCGCAGCCACACGCUCGAGUUUCAGAGCCUGGAGGACCUGAUCAUGGAGAAGCGGCGCAACGACCAGAUCGGGCGCGCGGCGGUGCUGCAGGAGCUCGCCACUCACUUGCACCCUGCGGAGCCGGACGAGGGCGACAGCGACCCUGCGCGGACUACGCCGCCUCCCGGGCGCCCCCCUGCGCCCGGCCGGGAGGACGAGGCCCGCGAGGCGGCGGUGCACUGAGGGGCGAGCUGAGUGCAGAGUCCUGAGAGGGAGCCUUUCCCAGCCGCCGCCGCCCCCUCCCCCUCCUCUCACUCCCUCCUCCAGCACCUUCCGGGCCCCAUCUGGGCUCCUGCGCCAUUUGGAAAAAAGGGGAGUUGGCGAAGGGCGCUGCCAGCUGUGGCUUGGGCUUGUUAUCUUGGACAGAGGAGGAAGAGGGAGCAGGUAGGAGCACUUUGGCCGGGGGCACUUCCUGCGCGCCCCGCUGGAUCUGUCUUCCUUUCUGAGGUGGGCCAAACGGUGGACUUGCCUGAUACUUAAGCCUUGCUGGACCCGGGUCCAAAAUCUACCCUUCUUACACACUCGGGGGUGGAGGAAAGUUCGGAGGACCAGUGGCUGCCAUUGCCUCCUCCCCGCUUCCCCUGGGCCUCCCCUGCGCUUGGAGGGUGCCCUGUACUGAGGCCUGAGAGGGUUUGUGGCGGCGCCCUGCCUGCACGCUGAGCCGCAGAUCUGCUACCCCCACCCGUAGGGGUGUGUGUGGGAUGUGGGAGGCGGCGUGGUACUUCAGGGGAUUCCUGCGGUAUAAGUCCGAAGAGACCAGGCCCGGGUCUGGGAGCCACGGGCCACACAAGCAGCCCCCUGUGAAGUGUAAUAUAUAGUUGUGUAAACUUGGGCUACAAAACAAAGACUUUGCUACCUCCCCUCCCCACCCCCAGGUAGUUCAUCUUCCGGAGCUGGCUUCUGGCGGAGUCUCCGGCUCCCUCCUGCUCCAGCCACCGCUUCCCAGGUUCCAAGUAAAUCAUUGUCGUGGGCCGGCUAGGGGAAGGAUUCAAUUAUGAUUCUGUUAUGCUGCCUUUGUUUCUAGCCUGCUUUUGUAGGCACUUGGAGCCACGUUAUCAAAGGAGGGAAUAGCCCUUUGUGUCUCUGAUCUAAUUAAACCUGCUCAGAUGUGUUCAUCCGCAGGUCACACAGGGGUUGGCUGGUGCCACCCCAUAAAGUAUCCAUUACAGAAGCAGUCAGAUGGGGGUUGCCCUGCAGAAAUUAGUUUAUUUCCCACUCAUCACGUAACCGCCUUCCUGAACAGUGAAGGUAACCUUUUGUAAACUGUAAGGCUUUGGUGGUGGGCCUGUGGGGUUUUUUUUUGGGGGGGGGUUGGUUUUUGGUGGGGUUUUUUUUGUUGUUGUUGUUGGUUUGUUUGUUUGUUUGUUUUGGGUUUUUUGUCUCCUCAUGGUCCCAUCCCCCUCACUCACUUUUGUUCUGCGGGUGAUAAAAUCUUAGGCUUGGGUUUAUUCAGUGAUAAGGUGUGUGUUCUGCCAGCCACACCUGAUGCAGUUUAAUCAAGAGGCGAAGUCUUGUUAUGUUGCAGCAGGCUCUUUGUUCCUUGGAGAAACCCCGACAGAGUGAUUUCUCAAUGAAGGGGGUGACAGCCAUCACAAAUAAAAUGCCACUUGGUGUAGUCAGCACCGAACCUGGUGAUAGUCCUAAGGCACAGGUUGGUGGUUGUGAGAUCUGCCAGCAGCAGGCUGGCGCCUACUCUAAGGAUCUGCCGCUGAUCCUGUUUGCUGUACUGUGGGGCUUCUAGAAAUCUUCACAGCCCGUCUCUUGUAUUCACGUGAGCACUUGGAUGACCCGUGCCCUUGAUUUCACAGUGCUGCUUUGCUGCAGAUUGGCAUUGCUAAUGCCAUCUCAAAAGUUGAGUGAAGUUUUCCUUUCUCUUGGGAGUCAUUUUAGAUGAUACUGAACAAGUCCUUUUGUGAAGGAAUUCUUAGAGCUGGAAUGGAAUCCUGUUUGAACACCCUAUAGAGCUGUGGCCAUCCUUGGGCCUUCUCCCUAGGGAUUUCUAACUCAUGGCAACAAGACUUGAAGGAUUUCCUUGUAUACAUUUUUCAAACUUGGAAGUUGAUGCCAUAAUUUUUAAAAGCCUAGACCGUCAUAGCACCUCAAUGUGAAAUAAUUUAAUUUUAGGAGCAUUAGCUAUGUUCCCUGUUCCCACAAGGAUCACCAAGCAGGUUCUAUCCCUUUGCUAAAGAUGAACCACACGCAGUCCUAGUCUGGGACUUUGGAGAGAUGUCAGUCACCUGUGGGAAAUGUAGAUCUAGUUUUCAUGUGUUAUGAUCUCCCAGCUUCGUGUUUAUAUUCUCUUGUUCAUGGAAAAGCCAAGCAAGGUAAAAGACGUUUAGGAGAGCCUCACAUAUCUAACAGGUUUGGGUUUUUUUUUUUAAUGCUUAACACGGUAGUUGAAGAAAGACCAGUGUGCAGACAGCAAGAGGGGAGAAGAACAGAACAGCACUGUCUAGCAGCUCUGGGCUGGCUAGCCAGCUAGCUUUUCCACUCCUCUCUCUCUGUCGACCUCCUUUGCUCUCCUUUGGAAAGUGAAUGUCAUUGGUCACAUGGAGGUACAGCAGUGACUGUCUGUUGUCACAAAGGAACUGUUUUUUGUGGAAAGUUUCCACUUGAAGGAAGAACUCGUAAAAUCCACACCAGUCGUAGUAUUCUGCCUCGGGGAAGAGGUUUUUGAAAAUGAACUAGAAAAGGAAAUCCAUCCACUCCAGAGACUGCUUUCUCAUGUCCUGCAAGCAUUUUUACUGACUACCAGAGGUGUGAAGUAUGUAAUACGAAGAAUGAUUCCAUUGGAAGUUUCUUAGGGCUCUCUAAGGCUCUGAAGUAAAGCACCAACCAACCUUGAAGGCUCCAAGAAAGGGGAGUCCCUCAACGCAUCUCUUUCCUCAAGGUGGCAGUGUUGCGGAUAACUGAGAUUUCAGCGUCCAGGCUAUGGCUACAUCUGGCACUUUAAAAAAUAUAUAUAUAUAUAUUUAAUAAUUUUUGUUUCUCCUUGGGAAUAAGACUUUACAACUAUUUUGUACUGUGAAUUAUGUAUGUUCUUUGAAAGAAAUCUUGAUUCUAACAUUCUUCAGAAGCUGUGGCAGGGAUAAGCAGGACCCCGGACUGGAACACAUACUAAUACUAAAAGUAAUGAAACAAAUUCUAUUUUCUUAUUUGAGCAAAUAUUUUAUUGAGACUGCUUGUGUAUGUCAAAGAAGCCCACAACGUCCGCUACACAACUUUUUGUAUCGAAAGAACUUGUACCUUUUGUAGCUUUUAUUCCACAUGUAAUUUAAAAUGAAUUUAUAGUACUAAAAUGCCUAUAGCAGAAGACUUGACACAAGACCUUUAAGGAAAUUUUUAGUUUUUAUGAAAAAUGACACUUCAGUGGUUAACCUUCUCAUGUCUUCGGUGCUUCUGGCCCUAAGAGCACCACUAGACAACACGACAACCACGUGGAAACAUAUUUUUGGAAGCAAAACUUUACUUUUAUACAACAUAUGCUAUGGAGAGUGAAGAAAAAUUAAUGACUACUUGUUUUCUAUUUUUUUUUUCUUAACAAAAUGGAAUCCACUGUGUCAAAGACUCUUGAUAUUAUGUGAUUGUCUAACCAUUUUUUAAAAAAAUAAAUUAGAAUAAAAUCUAUGAUCAUGGUCAUCGAAUGGUUUUGUUUGGAAAGUUACAUUUUAUUUGUGAAAUUUUUUUUUUUAAUCACAGUAACUACAGACUUGACUGGUUUGUUCAAGUAUUCACUAUAUUUUGUUCUUAGCUAUAAUUCUUGUGACCUAUGGAGAAUUACAUUGACUAACAUGGUAAAUUCUAUGUAUAUUUUAUUUCCUCGUGAAUUGUGUAAACUGUAUUUUUGUUGAAGAAUGUAUGUUAAAUCAAUGUUACGUUCUCAUACCACUUCUUGAGAAGGAAGUUCCGAUUUGAAAUUGUAUCAUUUCCUUCAAAAUGAAGGGCAGUGUUUAGUUAAAUAAAAGAUUGAUGACAUCUUUUGAACCACUUCCUCCUCACUGUCUUAUUAAAAUAAAAC